AUGGCGCAGCGGCCGGUGCCGGUGGCGCCGCCGAGCCCGUCGUCGUCGGCGUUCUUCGCCGUGUGCAUCCUGCAGGCGGCGGUGGCGGCGACGUGCGGGGCGCUGAUGAUGUUCUACCUGGACGAGGUCGCGGUGUUCGGGCACGGCAGCGAGACGGCGAGGAAGCUGAGGGGGUCGACGCCGCACGACCAGCUACUGAUCCAGACCUCCGAUUCCUUCGCGGGGCUGCUCCUCUUCGCGAUCGGGUUCCUCCUCUUCAUGGUCUCCUUCGUGAAGGAUCGCGACUUCCAGGCCUUCUUCGCCAAGGGCUGCGUGCUCCUCCACGCCGCCAUGGCGCUGUGGCGGAUCUUCUUCGAGCGCCGGCUCGAGGACCUCGCCCACGACUGGCCCCGCCAGCUCGUCGGCGAUCUCGUGCUCAGCCUCUCCUGGAUCCUCUUCCUCGUCUACUCCUGGCGGGAGAAGUACGACUGA